GGGUCGCUGCCGCCCGCGGAGCUGCCCGAGGGAUCGCCCGGCGCUGGGCCCCGGAGGGUCCGUGGUGGGAGUGAGGGGUCGCGGCCACCGGAGCUGCCGGCCGGCGACACGCGGGAGCUACUGGAGGAGGUGGAGAUGCAGAUCGGCGACGCCGCCUUCUCGUUGGCGAAGGUCCUGGAAGCGACGUCGGCCGUGUCGGCCCAGGUGGAGGAGCUCGCCACAAAGUGCUCGGAGAACGCCCGGUUCCUCAGAACAUGGCGGGACCUGCUGAGGGAGGGCUACGAGGCCCUGAAGCCCAGCGGCUGACCCUGCCCCCGCGGCGGCUCCGCCGGGUCGCGCUGAGCUGCCUGCUCGUGUCGGACUGAGAUCAGGGGUUUUGUUAAACCACCCCUUAAUAAGGAGUCCACGUGGAUUUUUGUUUUCUCUCGGCAGCUCCCCGUGAGCCCGGAGUUCUUUCAGAAGUACUUGUUGACUCGCAUGGUUGUUGUAUGUAAGUCACCGAGUAAAAUAACUUUGUUUAGGACAUCAGUUCUAGGCUCUUCAGUUGCAGCUUAAGCCAUCUCGUCCAUGAAAUACUCUGCCUUUUUUUUUUCUUUUUUCUUUUUUUUUUUUGUGGCUAACGUGGUGGAUGCCAAGUUAGUAUGUAUGGUACGUCCGGAACUCAUUACUGGUGGGGAAGUGGUGUCCUGGGAGGAGGUAUUGUCAGCCCUCCUUUUUAAGAGCUGCCACUAGCAGAAACCCUGCCAACUCCAGAGGAAAUUGCUGAACAAACUUCAGGUUUUCUCUAUGCAUGCUGUUUCUCCGUGUUGAGGAUAGAAUACUAUGGCAAGUCGUGGCUUAUUUACAAGCUUUAGAUAAGCCCUAUAUCCCAAACCUCACUGUUUUUAGCAGUAUUGCAAUAUAUUUCUAUAAAGGUGCAGAUUUUUUGCAAGGUGUUUGAUUACUGCAAACAAUUUUACACUACCUUUUGUUGUAAUAAAGUGCCUUAUGGUGGACCAUAUAUCUCUGCAUGAUAGAAGUUUAACAGUGUUGUUUACUGAUAGGAUGGAUUAUUUUGAACUAUAAGUAAACGCUUCCAUUUGUAUGUGUGAAAUGUAUUUUCUCCUUUCUUGAGUAGCACAUUAGACAUUUUUCAGUAUUUGGUCCUAUUUUUUAUCUUUGCCUUAAGCAGUUACUAGUUAGUUAGAGUGUACUGUUAAAAGAGUGUGCUGGCCUGAAAGUUCACUAAUCUGUAAUAAAUAGCUGUACUGAAACUCCUGUACCUUUACCAGAGCACUGUGAAAAAAGCAAUACUGAAAUGCAAUGGCAGGCUGUAGGAGAACAUGGCUCUACUGUGGUUUAUUAGUCAGCCUUAUUUUUUACUGGUAGGAGUUUUUUAAAAAAACAAACUGUAGUUUUCUUAUCAAAACAAUAAAGAUGUUACAAAAAAUUUGAAA